AUACAAUUACAAUAUACGAGUAUAUAUAUAAUAAUUACUCAGUAUAAAUACAUAUUAACAUGAUUCGUUCAUCUCUCUUUGCAUUUCUCUUCUUCAUUUCUUCUUGUUUCUCCGAGCAAGCACCGUAUGCGUCGUUUGCCAAGAAUGCAACGUCAGCUCCGACGACAGAAUACUUCGACUACAUCGUCAUCGGCGGCGGAACGGCGGGGUGUGCAUUGGCGGCGACCCUGUCGGAGGGGGCAAAGGUGUUGCUGCUAGAGAGAGGCGGCCUGCCGUACGGAAACCCCAACAUAACCACCCUAAACGGGUUCGCCAGAACCCUGGCCGACACGUCGCCGGACUCGGCCUCCCAGCUAUUCGUCUCCACCGACGGCGUUUUCAACCACCGAGCGCGCGUCCUGGGCGGGGGCUCCGCCUUGAACGCGGGGUUCUACACGAGGGCGAGCGCGGGGUACGUCGAGAGCGCCGGGUGGGACCAGGCGCUGGUCAACGAGUCGUACGAGUGGGUGGAGAGGAAGGUGGCGUUUCAGCCGCCGAUGCUUGCGUGGCAGUCUGCCGUGAGGGACGGGCUUCUAGAAGCUGGGGUGUUGCCGUACCACGGGUUUACCUACGAACAUCUCUACGGUACUAAGGUCGGGGGUACGAUAUUCGACGAGAAUGGGUAUCGGCACACGGCAGCUGAUUUGUUGGAGUAUGCUGAUCCCGCCAAGAUCACUGUCUAUUUGUAUGCUACCGUCCAUAAAAUCUUUUUCAGGAAAGAUGAACAAGGAGAUCCUCGAGCAUACGCGGUGUUCUACAGGGACUCAAGCGGCAGCCGGCACCUGGCCUACCUGAACAGCGGGGCGGAGAAUGAGGUCAUCCUGUCGGCGGGGGCGGUGGGGAGCCCGCAGAUGUUGAUGCUGAGCGGGAUCGGAUCGGCCCAGCAACUGAAAGCCCAUAACAUAGAGGUGAUCCUGAACCAGCCCAUGGUGGGGCAGGGGAUGUCGGACAACCCGAUGAACGCGGUGCUGAUUCCUUCGCCCCGGCCCGUUGAGGUCUCGCUGAUUCAGGUGGUGGGUAUCACACACUUUGACAGCUACAUAGAAGCCGCCAGUGGGUCCCUUGAGUUGGCUUGGAUGCAGAGAAUGGCUGCUGACUUUGAAAGGCUUGCAAAUCUGAGCAGCAAGGCAAUGAAGAUGCCAACAAACAUUACUACCUUAAUAACAAACACAACAACAGAGGGAGGAAAGAUGAAUGUGGCGAGCCCAUACAUAGAGGCGAGCGUGCAGGCGGGGAUAAUCCUGGAGAAGGUGGCGGGCCCAUUCUCAACGGGGUACAUGGAGCUCCAAAGCAGGGACCCGUCCGACAACCCGAGGGUCACCUUCAACUACUUCAAGGACCCACGCGACUUGCAGAGGUGCGUGGAAGGUCUAGAGAUCAUCUCAAGGGUAAUUCAGUCAAGAUCCUUCUCCAGGUUCCGGUACCCUCUCACGUCGUCCCAGUCUCUCAUCGCCGCCAUGCUCACCCUGCCGCUGAACCUCAGGCCCAAACAUGUCGCCGCCGCGGUGUCGCUGGAGCAGUUCUGCAUUGACACCGUCAUGACCAUCUGGCACUACCACGGUGGGUGCCAGGUCCGUAAGGUCGUGGACAGAGAUUAUAGGGUCAUCGGUGUCAAGGCUUUGCGUGUUGUCGAUGGCUCCACCUUUAUCAACUCCCCCGGAACCAAUCCUCAAGCCACCGUCAUGAUGCUCGGAAGGUAUAUGGGAAGGAGAAUCUUGGAGCAAAGAGCAAAUUCCCCAAACCCAAAAUCAUCUUCUCCAUUAACGAAACCCAUCAAACCUCACACCUCUUCCCCCUCCUUUCUCAUACUCACCUCUCACCCACGUACUCAUCCCACUCCACCAGUCCACCACCGUACCACGCAUCAUACAAUGCCUAGCGCCGCCGCCGCCGCCAUUAUGGCUAGAGACGAGGACGACGACGGCGACAACCCAGCUGAGCUUUCGUGCUUUCACGCACUCUGCCCCAACCCCCUCCACAGGUCUCAGCUGGAGCCGCUGAACGGCGGCGGGGCCCGCAAAGACAACAGCGGGUCGUCGAAGCAGCCGAGAAACACGUCUUCCGCCUACCGGCACGAUUUCACGGACACGACCGCGUCCUCCCUCUUCCCCAACACCCACUUCACCGACUUCGAAUCUCUUCCGUCCAUCCAAGAGUCCUUCGCUCAGUUCAUCACAGCUUACCCUCUCUACUCCCAGACCAAACAGAUCGACACCAUCAGAGCUCAAGAGUACUACAACCUCACCCUCUCCAAACACGUCUGUCUCGAUUACAUCGGGAUCGGCCUCUUCUCCUACGCCCAGCAGGUCCAGGCAUUCCCCCAAUUCCCCGUUUCCUCCCCAUCUUCUUCUUCUUCUCCGAAGCAACACGGGUCCCUCGAUUUUCCCACCACUUUCUUUGAUAUAACAUUCAACUCAGUGAACUUGAAGUCCCAUUUGUUGAACGGCGGGGAUGAAUCGCCGCUGGAGCGCGGGAUCAAGAGCAGAAUCAUGGAUUUCCUCAACGUGUCCGAGAGAGAUUACUCCCUAGUUCUGACCGCGAACAAGUCCUCGGCUUUCAAACUGGUGGCGGAGUCUUACCCUUUCCAGACCAACAGGAAGCUGCUGACGGUGUACGACCACAAUAGCGAGGCACUGGACACAAUGGUGAAUGCGGCGGAGAAGAGGAGAGCCCAGGUGUCGUCCGCGGAGUUCAAGUGGCCCCGGCUCAGAGUCCACGCGGAGAACCUGAAGAAAGCAAUCUUGGGGAAGAAGAAGAAGAAGAAGGGGGAGAAGGGGCUGUUCGUGUUCCCUCUCCAGUCGAGGGUGACGGGGGGAAGCUACUCGUACCAGUGGAUGAAUCUGGCGCAGGAAAACGGGUGGCAUGUCUUGCUUGAUGCAUGUGCUUUGGGACCCAAGGACAUGGACAGCUUCGGUCUCUCUCUUUUCAAGCCCGAUUUCCUCGUCUCUUCCUUUUACAAGGUUUUCGGGGAUAAUCCCACCGGGUUCGGCUGUUUGAUUGUCAAGAACUCCGUUGUCUCCAUUCUCGAAGAAUCAAAAACAGCUUGCAUUGUGUCCCUUGUGCCACAAACCCCGCAAUUCCAUUCACCGGAAGUGGAAUGCAAGUGCUUGGAUCAAGUGGACUCAUUGGGAUUGAUGGUGGUGAACAAGAGAAGAAAAUACCUCAUCAAUUGGCUGGUGGCGGCGCUGACGAAGCUGCAGCAUCCGAACAGGCUGGACGGGUUUCCCCUGGUGAGAAUCUACGGCCCCAAAAUCAAGUUCGACAGAGGACCGGCUUUGGCAUUCAAUGUGUACGACUGGGAGGGAGAAAAACUUGAUCCCACCUUCAUACAGAAGCUGGCUGAUCGGCACCACAUAUCCCUCAGCCAAGGGGUUCUGAACAACAUUUGGUUCCAAGACAAGUACCAAGAAGAGAGGGACAGGAUUUUGGAGAAGACGAAGACCGAAAAACAAGGGGAGAGCAGGGACAACAAGGGAGCCAAAGGGAUAUCGGUGGUGACCAUUGCCCUGAGUUUCUUGGCUAACUUCGAGGACACUUACAGGUUUUGGGCAUUCAUUGCUCGGUUUCUUGAUGCAGAUUUCGUGGAGAAGGAGAAGUGGAGGUACACUUCUCUCAACCAGCGGAAUGUUGAAGUGCUAUAGUAGUAGUUUUUUUUUUUUUUAUCGGCAUUCACUCUUAUAGGAAUUGUGUCGAGCACUUUGUGUGCACAACCAAAUCAUUCUGUAUACGAGUAUCCUGGCGGGAGAGAUGAGUUACCCUUUGAACUAUACUGGAGUACUUUGGAUUAUAACCAAUAAUUAAUCUUAAAUCAAUUA